AUGGUGCGCCGAGCUGACGUCGAUCAACCUUUGGAUGCUCGCAAGGAACUUCUAGCUCUCAGCCGGCAAGCAGCGUGGCAACGUGGGGUGGCACUUCUCUUUGCCUUCGGAGGGGACUCCAUCGGGUACAGCACAACCAUUGCGGCCUGCAGCCGGAAGGAGCUUUGGACCAUCUCCCUGCUGCUCCACCAGAGGAUGGGUCAGCAGCGCGUGCCCGCUGACCAAGUUGCGAUGAACUCCGCCUGCAGCGCGUGCGAACGUGUGGCACUGUGGCAGCGCUGCAUGGAUUUCAGGCUUCGCGAAGAACGAGCCGUGAGCAGCGCCAUCCAUGCGUGCAUGAAAGGCCAUGCAUGGCGCUCCGCCAGCGCACUCCUCCGUGGUGCUUCAGUGCUUCGACUGGCCAUGGAUGUGGCAGCAGCCACUCCCGCUUUGGGCCGCGCGCCGAUGUCCUCGCGGAACUCCUGGCGCCGGAGCCCGUCGAUGCUGCGAUGGAUGAUGGAAUGCAACAUCGAGCCAGAUGGCGUGACCCUUGAGGUCUUUGCUCGGACCGUGGGCGAGGUUCAAUGGGAACAAGCCCUCACGGCAUCCUCAUUGAGUCCCAGGAUCUUGGCCUCUGCACUGAGUGGGCGCCAGCAGACUGCCUGGCAGUUUGCUGCUGCAUCACUGGUGGCGAUGGCUGCGCAGUCGGACGUGACGAACUGCUGCACCACGCUGGCCCUGUGCGCCGAGCCCCACUGGCCUUUGGCGCUGGAACUGCUCAUGUCCAAGCAUGUGGACACUGCCGCCUGCACAGCUGCAAUGUCCCCAGAGGCUGCUUUUGGAAUCCUGGACUUGUUGCAGCAGCGGGGUCUGCAGCCGAGCUGUGCUACGGCGACAGCUGCCACAUCUGCACUGGUGCGAAAGACGUUCUGGCACAGUGCCGCCGUGCUUCUGGCACGAAUCCAGGGUAGCCUUGUCGUGCCCAACCUUGCAGUCCUCAACGCCCAGCUGAAGGUAGUGCCUGGGCCGUAG